AUGGGCGACUUCAACACUGUACCAUCGCCAAGUAUAAAUAGAAAUAACAAUAACCAAUCCAACAUCCCAGAGAGUGAAAUUUUUUCAAUAUUAACAGGGAAAGACUUAAUUGACAGUUAUAGAAUCAUACACCCUGAUUCUAACGAAUAUUUCAUGGAGCAACUUGAAUUAGUGACAAAAAGUGAUCAUAAAAUAAUACAACUUAAAAUUAAAAAGACGUGGCAAAUACAUUUAGAUAGAGAA